CUUCCACAACUUCAGCCAUAAUCACGAUACUCAUUCAGUCGCGUGGGAAGGCGGUGACAGAACUGUACAUAACAACGAACAUACCACAUCUUCAUUGAGAGGUGGUAGCGGGCGGUUGGCGUAAUCGUCGGCAUGCCUCCAGGACAAAGCUGAUAGUGGGUGUCAAAGAACGCCCAACUGGGCUAUAUAAACCUCUCACAUGCUGCGUUGGAUCUCCACACUCUGCCAUCCACGGCAAACGAAGGAUACCCCACACAGUACGAACAACUACAUUCAGGACGACCUUCCACCACCUGAUUUACCAACUAAGUCGAGAAACAUGCCAGUACCUAAUGUGUUGGUGGUCACCGACAUCGGGAAUGACUACGAUGAUAUGAUGGCCUUGCUUAUCCUUGGAUAUUACCACAGGCAGAAGAAGAUCAACCUCAAGGGCAUCAUUGUCACAUUGCACCCAGUGACUGAAAGAGCGAGAGUGACCUAUGGGCUUCUAAGGAACUGUAUGGGAAUCAAGGACGUGCCAGUCGCCGAAGGUACCACGGGCACGGACAACGAACGUGAAGACGCAGAAUGGACAAAAAUUGCCCUUAACGCCGAAUUCUCCGCCGAACCGAGGACUGGCUUCAAGAAUUACUUAGAGCUCGCAGCGGAGGUCCUCACCGAAGCCAAACGCAAAAGGGAGAAGAUUCGACUGCUUUCCAUAGCGAGCAUUCGCGACAUCUGGGCGAUCGUGCAGCAAAACCCAUCCUUGUUCAAGCAAGUCGUGUCGGAAAUACACAUCCAAGCAGGCUGUAAGAUCGUGGACGUGGGCGACACCUACAUGGGCAAGAAAAUCGAGAAAAAGAAGCUGGUUGCGAAUGAUGAGGCUAGAAACAACUCCGAUGACCUUGUAGCAGCCAAUAACUUCUACGACUUCAUCCAGAAAAACAAGAUAUCUUGCUCAGUUUAUGAAAAGCAGGCAGCAUUUGUCUCCGGCUGCAAGAAAGAUAUAUUCGAUCCGGAGCAUGCGUCCAAAGCAAUGAAGAAGGUGGCCACUUACAUCUAUGCGAUCCACGACAUCCAGAAGAAAGUGUACUACAAGGACGCGUGUAAGCCCAUAGCGCAGCGACGAUUACCCUGGUGCGACGAGAAAUGGUUUCUGGACUACAUGUGCAAGGACUUGCCUAAGGAGCUCGUUGAAAAGAAGGACGUCGAUAUUGAGCGACUCUUACCGUACACGCUCGUCACUCCGUAUGAUCCUAUAGCCGCUUUAGGCUGCAUCGAGGAAGUAGCCGGCAUGGCAUUGAAACUGCCAAAAGCGCGAUAUGAAGACGUGGAUGGCUCAGGACAUCAAAUGUUCUACGUCGGUUCGAAUGUUUCGAAGGAGGCUGGGCACCUCAUUGCGGAGGAGAUACGGAGGCAUAUGCGAUUGGCACUCACCAUGUAGUGGUGAUAGCAUUCGUGGCGACCAUGGAGGCUUGAACCACUGUGGAGGAUGUUGAUAGGAAAGCCGGACCGAGGGACUCCGGUGUCAAAGAGAAUGAUGACCAGACUAUGACUGAUGGUUAUGAUCUGUGUAUUGUAAUUGCAGCGGCUGGUUUGGUUCUGUCAUGGAAUCCCAGAUUUCCGUGUGUCAUGUCCCCUGCCAAUGACUAUGAGAAUCAAAAAUGACAAUACACUGCUUCUUACCUGAUGCAAUCACGCUA